UUAAGAAAUAAACAUGGCGUCGCGUCCGAACAUUCGAAAACAUUUCCGCGUUACGUGAAUGAUCGUCAAAUACUAUUUCUACGCUAAAAUGACAUAAGAGCUACUACAUAUCACAAAAGGUAGAACUCCUAACUAAAAGUAUGUCUUUGAAACUUCUGGAUAAACUGUCGCCGCCUUGUGAUAGUGACGAUUUACGAAGAGUUGUUUGUGAUGAUGAACUUGAUAGUYUACCUCACUCAAUGGGCUUUAAUGGAAGACUUGUCAUGAUUAAUGAAAAUGGUUAUCAUUCUUUACAAAGACAAAAAGGAGAAGUUGUAUUUGAAGAAGAAGAUGAAAGCAGUGACAAAGAAGAGUUGCUAUUUCCUGUGGACAGUAUUAGCAGAGGUUAUAGCAUCUCUAGCUACACAGAUCAAAGACAACAACUAAGAUUUGAAGUUGUUUCAACUAGAAUUUGUGAGGAAGGCAAUAAGAAACAUGUGGUUUAUACAAUGGUGGUUGUUAAGACUGAAGAGUUAGACAAUGAUAAGGCCAUUGUAGAAAGGCGCUAUUCUGAUUUUAUCAAACUUUACAAAGAAUUAAAGAAAAUUGCACCAGAAUUACUUUCAAAAGUUCAAAUGCCCAAGAAAGUCAUUGGAAAACGAAACUUUGAUUCAGAGGUGAUUCAAGAACGGAGUAGAGACUUUGAAAAGUUUUUGGGAUUUGUGUACUCCACUGAYGUAGUAAGGAGAGCUAAUGCUUUCAAGGAAUUCUUCUAUUUUCCAGACUUGAAGAGAGCUUGUUCUCAUAUCAGAGGAGGGAGAUUUGUUGAUAGUUUAAGACUUCUUUUAAAUGCUUUACACUUGCAACAAAAGCUGGGUGAUGGUACUAAGGAAAUAGUAGCAACUUUAGGUAGUAUUGUUGUGGCAUAUGAGAAUACUGGACAUUACAAGGAGGCAGAACAAUAUGCUGCUGCUGCACUUGACCUKGUAAAACACAAUGUAAAUAGUGCAUAUUUGAUACCACUGUUGAGCACAAGGGCUGAAAUGUGCUGGAGAAUUGGAAAAGCUAAAGAAGACAUUGAGCAACAGCUCAACCAAGUCCAGAAAGUAAGUGGGAUAGAAGUGGAAAAUGCCUGUACUUUAAGAGAGCUGGCUGUCAACCGCUAUGAAGAAAACUAUGAGUGAAAUGGUAUUCCUCAAACACUAAUUUUGAACCAUAUAAUGUUAAGAAUGGAUUUAAUAUGAAUUGGUUAAUUGACUAAUGAUUGACUGUUGAUGGYAUUUUAAUGUAGUAUUAUUAUUAUUAAUGGUACUAACAUUAUAAAGGCUGAGGAAAAGGAUGAUUGAUUAAAAUAGAAAAUGUAAAAAUUAUGUAGAAAGUUCUAACAAAAAUAUUUCUAAAAAAGCAGUUUUAUAACUUCUUGUAAAUUUUCCCUUCAAACUUCAGGGUUUUCUAGAAUUUCUUGAUCUGGUUUAUUAACAGUUUCUCAUAAUAUAUAGUGUACUUUCUAAGGAUUUUCAUCCUACAUUUUACCUUAAAAAUAUUGUACUGUGUUUUCAUCUAUUGUAAAUAGUUUAUAUUUUUGCAAUAUUGUCAUUAGUGACAAUAGGUAAAUUGCAAUGUCCACAUAAAGGAUUUUACUAAAAAUGAAAUAAUGAUAUAGAACCAUAGGCUACCCAACUAUUGCUUGAGAGAAAGAAAAGUAUGAAUGCGCACGCUAUUAUAUUAUGUUAUCGAAUCGCAUCGCCCUGCGGGUUUCCUGUGGUAUUACGUCAUUGAUCCCUUGCCUCGUCGGUAUCGAAUCGGCGCGCGCUACGGGUUACUUGUGAUUACAUCAAUGAUCCCGUGCCUUGCGGGAUACAAACUAGUCUGUCACAGAGUAGUUUGUAUUGUAUCCCGUGAGGCACGGGAUCGUGACGUAAUACCACAGGUAAUCCGCACUUAACUAAGAGCGCACAACGAUACUUGUACUAGAGUAAAAGCGUGCGCAUUCAUUCUUAAUUUCUUUCUCUCAAGCAAUAGUUGGGUAGCCUAUGAUAGAGAACCUGACUUCAAGAGUGGAACUAAUUAGGUUAAUUAUAUUUGUACAUAUCCAAUUCCCUAUGCAAAAAUGUUUCAUGUURCAUUUCCCCACUCAAAUUUGACGAUCUGUUUCAAAAAAGUUUUCUUAUAGCCUGUUGUGUUUUAUAAAGUGCUAGGACCCAACCCUCUGGUCUUUAGUCAACCAAAGAAUGUGUAUAAACUACUGGGCAAUCAUAGUUUAAAAUGCAAAUGACAUGUUUAGUGGGGAGCACUUUACUAGUGAACAUCCAUGUCCUUCACAUGGAUGUCAAGGCGCUUUGUUAGAUGAAAAAAAAUAUAUACAGAAUGUUGAGUUAAAAAAAAAAUUCAAAUAUGGCUSACAGUGUGACUGUUGUAAUUACUAUCGUUUAGAUGCCUUGAAACAUUUAUUUCUAUUUUGUUAGUAAUUAGUUUCACGUGUAUCAGUUAGCAACGGAUGUGACGAAAUGAUGUARUCAUGGAUUUAUAACGAGAUUUGUAAAUUUGUACAUUUACAAUUGUUUUAUUAGACAUUCAUAAUAAAAUUAUGACAAUGAAUAAUUUCA